AUGGGCUAUCUAAAAUUAAUUGAGAUUGAAAAUUUUAAAUCGUAUAAAGGCCGACAAAUAAUCGGACCUUUCCGCAAAUUCACGGCUAUAAUCGGACCGAACGGCUCGGGAAAAUCCAACCUGAUGGAUGCCAUAAGUUUUGUCCUGGCAGAAAAGACCAGUAACCUCCGUGUUAAAACCCUGAAAGACCUGAUCCAUGGUGCGCCGGUAGGAAAGCCUGCAGCUAACCGUGCAUGUGUCAGUAUGGUGUACUGUGAGGAUAACAGCGAUGAGCGCACAUUCACACGAGUUAUAAUCGGUGCUUCUUCUGAAUACAGGAUUGACAGCAAAGUGGUUGGACUCUCAGAGUACAGUGAGGAACUGGAGAAACUGGGUAUCCUCAUCAAGGCCAGGAACUUCCUAGUAUUUCAGGGUGCCGUGGAGUCCAUAGCCAUGAAAAACCCCAAAGAGAGAACUGCUCUGUUUGAGGAGAUCUCCCGCUCUGGGGAACUAGCUCAGGAGUACGACCGCAGGAAGAAAGAGAUGGUGAAGGCUGAAGAGGACACCCAGUUCAAUUACCACCGUAAGAAGAACAUCGCAGCUGAGCGCAAAGAGGCCAAACAGGAGAAAGAGGAGGCUGAGCGUUACCAGAGACUGAAGGAUGAGGUUGUUCGAGCUAAUGUGCAGUUACAGCUUUUCAAGCUCUACCACAAUGAGUCUGAGAUUGAGAAGCUCAACCGAGAGCUGUCCCAACGCAACCGGGAGAUCGAGAAAGACAGAAAGAAGAUGGAUCAUAUUGAAGAGGAGCUGAAGGACAAGAAGAGAGAACUGGGGAGGAUGAUGAGGGAGCAGCAGAACGUGGAGAAGGAGAUAAAAGAGAAGGAUGCUGAGCUGAACCAGAAACGGCCUCAGUACAUCAAGGCCAAGGAGAACACCUCACACAAGAUAAAGAAGCUGGAGGCGGCACGCAAGUCUCUGCAGAAUGCUCAGAAGAUGUACAAGAAGCGUAAAGCAGACAUGGAGGAGCUGGACCGAGAGCAGGGCGCUGUGGAGAUGGCCAGGCAGGAGUUUGAGGAGCGCAUGGAGGAGGAGGCUCAGAGUCAAGGCCAGGAUCUCACUCUGGAGGAGAACCAGGUAAAGCAAUACCACAGGCUGAAGGAAGAGGCGAGUAAGCGAGCAGCCACUCUGGCACAGGAGCUGGAGAAGUUCAACCGGGAUCAGAAAGCUGACCAGGACAGACUGGAUCUUGAGGAGAGGAAGAAAGUGGAGACAGAGGCAAAAAUCAAGCAGAAAUUUAGAGAGAUUGAGGAAAACCAGAAACGUAUUGAGAAACUGGAUGAUUACAUUGCGACCAGCAGGCAGUCGUUAGAUGAACAAAGGAGGAUGGAAGAGGAACUGACUGAGGAAGUGGAGCUCGCUAAAAGGAGGAUUGAUGAGAUAAACAUGGAAUUAAACCAGGUGAUGGAGCAACUUGGGGAUGCGAGAAUUGACAGGCAGGAAAAUAGCCGUCAACAGCGCAAAGCUGAGAUCAUGGAGAGCAUCAAGAGGCUGUACCCUGGCUCUGUAUAUGGCAGGCUUAUUGACCUAUGCCAGCCCACACAAAAGAAAUAUCAGAUUGCCGUGACAAAAGUUCUGGGAAAGAACAUGGAUGCCAUCAUUGUGGACUCAGAGAAGACAGGUAGAGACUGCAUCCAGUACAUCAAAGAGCAAAGAGGAGAACCAGAGACUUUCCUGCCCCUGGACUACCUAGAGGUAAAACCCACAGAUGAGAAAUUGAGAGAGUUGCGAGGGGCCAAGCUGGUGAUUGAUGUGAUCCGCUAUGAGCCACCUCACAUUAAGAAAGCCUUGCAGUAUGCCUGUGGAAAUGCUCUUGUGUGUGAGAAUGUAGAGGAUGCACGCAGGAUUGCCUUCGGAGGGCCUUACAGGCAUAAGACUGUAGCCUUGGAUGGCACACUUUUCCAAAAGUCUGGGGUGAUCUCUGGAGGAGCAAGUGACCUCAAAGCGAAGGCUCGACGCUGGGAUGAAAAAGCCGUGGACAAACUCAAAGACAAAAAAGAGAAGCUAACUGAGGAGCUCAAGGAGCAAAUGAAGGCAAAGAGGAAGGAAGCAGAGCUGAGGCAGGUGCAGUCUCAGGCCCAUGGAUUACAAAUGAGACUGAAGUACUCUCAGAGUGACCUGGAACAGACCAAAACACGCCAUCUGUCCCUCAACAUGCAGGAGAAGUCAAAGUUGGAGAGCGAACUGGCAAAUUUUGGACCCCGAAUCAAUGAUAUCAGGAGAAUUAUCCAGUCACGUGAGAGAGACAUCACACAGCUGAGAGACCGCAUGAACCUGGUGGAGGAUGAGGUAUUUGUGGAAUUCUGCAAAGAGAUCGGAGUGAGAAAUAUCCGAGAGUUUGAAGAGGAGAAAGUCAAAAGACAGAAUGAAAUUGCCAAAAAACGACUUGAAUUCGAGACCCAGAAGACCCGCUUAGCCAUUCAGCUGGACUAUGAGAGGAACCAACUGAAGGAGGACCAGGAGAAAGUGAUGAUGUGGGAGCAGACUGUGAAGAAGGAUGAGAGUGAGAUUGAAAGACUAAAGAAGGAAGAGCACAGACAGAUGAAGAUAAUUGAUGAGACCAUGGCUCAGCUGCAGGAUCUCAAAAACCAGCACCUGACUAAAAAAGGAGAAGUCAAUGACAAGAACCGAGAGAUGGAAGAUAUCCGCAAGAAACUAGGGUCUGCCAACAAAGAGCUGACUCAGCUCCAGAAAGAGGUGACCGCUAUUGAGACGAAGCUGGAGCAGAAGCGCAGUGACAGGCGCAACCUUCUGCAGGCCUGCAAGAUGCAGGACAUCAAACUGCCCCUCAAAUCAGGAACCAUGGAUGACAUCAGCCAGGAAGAGGGAGGCUCCCAAGUGGAUGAGUCCAUCAGCAGCCACAAAACCUCCAGCUCUGUGCGUGCAAAAGAGGCCCUCAUUGAAAUCGACUACAGCAACUUGCAUGACGACCUCAAAGACGCUUUGUCUGAGGAAGAGAUCAAGAUUGAGAUGAACACUUUGCAGCAGAGGCUGAACGAGCAACAGAGCAUCCUCCAGCGCAUCAGCGCUCCCAACAUGAAGGCCAUGGAGAAGCUGGAGAGCGUCAGGGACAAGUUCCAGGAGACCAGUGAUGAGUUUGAAGCAGCACGAAAGAGAGCUAAGAAGGCCAAGCAGGCAUUUGAGCAAAUUAAGAAGGAGAGGUUCGACCGAUUUAAUACCUGUUUCGAGUCUGUUGCCACCAAUAUUGACGAAAUCUACAAAGCCCUCUCUCGUAACAGCAGCGCACAGGCAUUCCUAGGCCCAGAGAACCCUGAGGAACCAUACUUGGAUGGGAUCAAUUACAAUUGUGUGGCCCCGGGAAAGAGAUUCAGGCCAAUGGACAACCUGUCUGGAGGUGAGAAGACUGUGGCAGCGCUCGCUCUGCUUUUCGCCAUUCACAGCUACAAGCCUGCUCCUUUUUUUGUCCUCGAUGAGAUCGAUGCUGCGCUUGAUAACACGAACAUUGGCAAGGUGGCCAAUUACAUAAAAGACCAGUCGCUCCAAAACUUCCAGGCAGUCGUUAUUUCACUGAAAGAAGAGUUUUACACCAAGGCUGAUUCUCUCAUAGGAGUUUACCCUGAGCAAGGAGACUGUGUCAUCAGCAAGGUGCUGACCUUUGACCUCUCCCAGUAUCCUGAUGCCAAUCCAAAUCCUAACGACUGAGUUCCCUCAGAUUUGUUGGCAGAAAUCAACCACAAACUUAAUUAACGGUGCUGACCAAUAAUGUGAGUUUAGCACAUACAAAAUGCUUUGCAGUGUGUAGAAGAGAUUUGUACACAGUGCUGUGUGUGCAUGAUCUCACACCAUCAUUGAAUCAUUGUAUUUCUGACCCCAUUACAUGUUAUUAAAAACUGUGAAUGCUGACAUAAACGUGCAACACUAACGUCAUAGAUAAAUAAUGUUUAUUCAGUA